GAAAAAUUAAGAACAAAAAACAGCACAAGAAGCCAACAAGGAUUUUGCAAAAUAUGAAUUAAAUGUUAUGCAAUAUGAUCUGAAAUGACAGAAAACAAGUGAGUAGUGAAUAAUAAACAAAACAAAAAUCCCAUAUAAGUAUCUAGAUGGUAUACCCCAAAGAAAUUAUUUUGACAUUCUACCUUAUCUAUCCUUUGGGGACAGCUGAGUUUGGAGAUGAAGACAAGGUAUGAAGAUUCACCAUGUGCUCUAUAGUAUAAGCGAAUGUGGCGAACCAACCCGCAUAUAGUUCAAAUUAAUAGUAAAGACAGCAUAAACAAGCAAAUUAAAGCUUUUCAUACUUUUUGACUGUUUGGGGGAAAUUAUUGGUUCACAAUGACAACAACCAUGGAUUACAACAGCACAGUCAGAGACAAACACAGUUUGUAUUUACUUAACCGAAUUAAUAAAAUGAAAGACUUGGAUGAACUGACCGAUGUUGUGUUGGUAGCACAGGGGUCAAAGUUCCCCUCCCAUCGUCUUGUUCUGGCUGCUUUCAGUCCUUACUUCAAAGCAAUGUUCACAUGCGGAUUGAUGGAAUGUAGUCAGAAAGAAAUUGUUCUACAUGAUAUGGAAGCAGAGAGUGUGGCCAUCUUUUUAAACUACAUGUACAGAUCGGAUCUGGCCCUUACUAAUUCCAACGUCCAGGGAGUGGCCACCACAGCCUUCUUCCUACAAAUGGAAAACAUUUUCAUGAAUUGCCAGAAAUACAUGAUGGACCACAUGGACGCAUCCAACUGUAUUGGAAUUCACUUUUUUGCAAAGCAACUCGGAGCAGAAGAUCUGUCUCACCAAGCCAACAAAUAUCUCCUUUUGCACUUUGCAGAAACCUGUUUGCAUGAGGAGGUACUGGAGAUUGAAAUACAUCAAUUGUUACCUUUGAUCUGCUCUGAUGAUCUCAAUAUUUCACGCGAGGAGUGUAUCUUGGACUUAGUCCUUCGAUGGGUAAAUCAUGAGCGGAAGUCACGUGUUCAAUACCUUCUAGAACUCAUGAAGCAGGUGAGAUUGCAGCUUGUGAGCCCUACAUUUCUAAAGGAAGCUCGUAAAAGGAACACAAUCCUUCUUAGUGAUGCAGAAUGCUAUAACAUGAUCGAGUCUGCCAUUGAUAAGAUCCACAAGACAAAUCAACACCCAUCUCUCCAUCUACGUUAUGGGAUGGAGACCACGGACCUCCUUCUGUGUAUUGGCACCAAUGGUCAAGGAAUAAGAUCAAGGCACCGCAGUUACACUGACACUAGUUAUUGCUAUGCACCUGCAACUAAAAAAUCUUAUUAUAUUCUGUCACCAAAAUAUGGAGAGGCUUUGGGAUAUGUCUACACUGGUGUUGUGACGGAGAACAAUGAUAUUAUUGUAGCAGGUGAAGCAGGAGUGACUAGAAUGUCAAGGCAAAAGACCAAGAAUGUGGAAAUAGUUAGGUACCAUAUCCGAGGAAAUAAUCAUUGGGAAAAACUUUGCACAGCUCCCUAUAGAGAGCUCUAUGGAUUGGGAACCACUUAUGGCAACCUAUACCUUAUUGGUGGGCAGAUGAAAAUGAAGAACCAGUAUAUGAUCACAAACUGUGUCGAUAUGUUCAUGGUGGAGACCAGCCAGUGGAGAAGUGUGGCUCCUUUGCCUGUACAAUUGGCAUGUCAUGCUGUCGUCACUGCAUAUAACCGGAUUUACGUAAUGGGAGGAUGGACACCACAGAUGGAUCUCCCCAAUGAUGAACCUGAGCGACUAAGUAACAAAAUGUUCCGGUAUGACCCUGACAGAGAUAAAUGGACUGAAUGUAAGCCUAUGAAAUUCUCCAAGUAUCGCUUCAGCACAGCCGUUCUGAACAACGAGAUUUAUGUCUUCGGUGGGAUAGGCUGCUCUGGUGUUGACAGAGGUCAGGCGAGGAGAUGUUUGGAUCUGGUGGAAAUCUACAACCCAGAUGGUGAUUUCUGGCGGGAGGGACCUCCCUUGCCGUUACCAAUUCUGUCUCUUCGUACAAAUUCCACCAGUGCAGGCGUGAUAGAGGGAAAGCUGUAUCUCUGUGGAGCCUUUCAAAGUGCAGAUCGGCAUGAAGUGAUUGUUAAAGAGAUUCUGGAAAUGAACCCCUGGGAAAACCUGUGGAAUGUUGUGGCCUGCAAUGUCCUUAUGCAUGACAGCUAUGAUGUAUGCCUGGUUGCAAGGCUCAACCCCAGGGAUCUCAUCCCACCACCUCCUGACUUGGUAGAUGAAUGAGAUGGCAAAUAGGACACGUAGUGACUGCCUUCAGGUUUGGACUUUUUGAUUUAGUUCUGCACAUGAUUCUGUGGGCAACUAAUUCUGAACAAAAUAAGGAGACAAAACCCUGUGCUGCCUAAUAUUUCUCCAGUGUGAAAUUCAACCUGUGAAUCCAUCCAAAAGUAUCUCUCUUGAAGCAACAGAAUGUCGUACUUAAUGAAGUGAGCAUCAAGUGAAGACUUCACAUUAGGGUAUUGAGCCAACUAAUUAGCCCUCCUGGUGAGUUCCUGUUUAUUCUAAGGCCUGACCAGCAUUGCUGUGAUUGAUACAUUUGAACUGAUUAGUCCUAUCAUCAAAUCUGUUUUCAGAGGUUCAUUGUCAGCUUUAGAUGAUACUAUGUAUUCUGCACAAGUUAAAAAUAUAUUUAUAGACUGCAGAUUUGUGCUUUUAACUUUGCCAAUUUUGUUGGCUGUCAUCUCACAUGAUUUGCAGUUCUGCAUUUUUUGUAGCUUUUUGUCUUUAAAAAAUGGUGCAAGGCUUCCCUGAUGGCUUAAUUGGUAAUGCUACUGCCAAGUGUCGAAAUGAACCAUACUUAGAAAGGUUAAAUCGCUGACUUUUGCUGACUAAUUUGAUCUCAGCCAAAUAGCCUAGUGGCUUAUAAACACUGGGUUAGAAGAACAUUUAACAAGGGUUCCUGCUGUUGAACACUAUCCAGUGAUCGCUGGUGGAACGCAUACGUGUGCGAAUUUUAGACCAGUACUGAAUUGCACUGAGGUUAUUCAACUGUGGAAUACAACAACUAUCUGAGGUUCACACUUAAAGCAUAUAAAAUUGCACCAGAUAAAUUGGUUUAUUGAAUUCAGGGCUUUUUUGGAAACAUUGCUAUGUGCAAAAUGUACAGUAAAUCCUUUCAAGCCCUUUGA